AAAAGGUGUCAAAAGGUGAAUCCUUUCAAAACGGAAAACUAACAAGAAAUCGAAAAACCCUUCCGAAUUCGAAUUGCGUCUGUUAACAGCGAAUUUUGAUUUAAGCCUCUACAGAAUCGUUCCGACAGAACCCUUUUUUGGGAUUCUGAUGUUGAAUUCCAAGUUGCAUUCUCCUUUCGUUCCCACUUGGUGAUCAACUUUCUUUGAAAGUAAUUCGUGAAACCCUAGAAAUUUUCUGUUUUCUUCCUUCAUGGCUCGAAUUUCAGAAGGUAGUGUUAGAGCUAGAGGUAGAGCAAAACAGUUCCAGAAACACUGAAAAUUGCGCCUUAAAUCAUUCUAAUGGCGAUUAUUGGCGAUGCUCUUCGCCAGGUUUUCAUGCCAAAGCAUGAGUACGAGAGUCUCAGAGAGGAAGAUAAAGCUUGGGGUCGACUUCAGAGGCCAGUUGUUAUGGUAACUACGACGAUCCUAUGGCUUGCUGUCGUCAUUUCUGGUUUUAUUAGCUUGACGAUUGUCUUCCCCGGUGAUAAGGGUAAGAGACCCCUCUGUAGAGAUCGGCGCCUUCAGUCUCUGCCAAUUAACAUGACUGGAGAUUCUGAUCUCUAUAUGGGAGCAUUUUAUCUUACCGAGCAAGAGGCGGCGGAUUAUUAUUGGAUGGUUGUGUUCAUUCCUUCAGCUAUCCUUUUCUUUGGCUCAGUUGUUUACCUUAUAGCAGGUAUCAUUGUUGCAUAUUCUGCUCCAGUCAGACAUGGUUGCUUAGUGGUAGUGGAGAAUAACUACUGUGCUUCAAAAAGGGGUGGUGUCCGCUGUUUAUCUGUUCUCAAUGUUGUCUUUGCCACUGUAUUUGGUCUUCUUGCACUGUUUCUGGGUUCAAGCCUUCUCACACUGGGAAGUAGCUGCUCCUUGCCCCUGUUUUGGUGCUAUGAGAUUGCAUCAUGGGGACUAGUUGUUCUGUAUGGGGGUACUGCAUUUUUCCUGAGAAGGAAGGCAGCUGUAAUUCUUGAUGGAGGCAAUUUUUCUGGUAGAAAUCUUGGGCUGGAGAUGUUAGAGGCACCUCGUCUGGAUGUGGCACCAGAUGUGGAGAGGCGAGUGAAUGAAGGGUUCAAGGCAUGGAUGGGAUCAUCCCUACUAUCAUCUGAUGAGGAGGAUGGCCCUGAUGACUACCAGGAGGCACCCGUGCCAUACUUAAUGCAGGCAAAGAGUUGAAGUUUCUUAUUUCUAUUUUCCAACUAACAAUGUGGUUCCAGCAAGUAUAGUUGGAUCGGCCUAAAAAAGGACUGGAAUUGAAUGAUUAGAAAUUCAGGAUGGUUGAUAUAGAAACCCCAAAUAGAAACAGUUAACCAGAACUCGGAUUGGUAUCCACUGAAUGAAAAGUGUUACAGGAUAUCUUUUGGGUGAUGGUUCCCCAUAGGCUAAUGAAAAAUUUUCCAUAGAAGAUUGUAGUUGUGUUACAAGGAUUCUUUUAGGUCCAGAUGUAUGUUUACAACUUAUACGAAGGUUUAUGUACUGACUCUAUUGCUAGUUGUGAAAUAUGCUUCGGAGUCUUGAGUGCCCA